UAUAAAGACUAUACCGUACGGGUAUUUCGGGUCAAAAACUCCAUACAACUUAGUUUCAGAGCAGAAAAUUGAAAUACGAGAUGGUUAUACGCCACGUCAAAUUGUUAUGUUGGGGAGGCAUGGAACUAGAGGUCCAAGGUUCGACUUUUCCAACAAUGCGAUACCAAAACUGAUAGAAUAUCGAAACAAAAUUACCAAACGUGCUACGUUGCGUCCAGAAGAUAUGGAAGCCCUAAAAAAUUGGGUGACAAUCAUUGACACCACUGGCGAUAAAAGUAUGACACAAAAAGGUCACGAUGAAAUAAAAGAUCUGGCAAUAAGAAUCCGUGACGCUUUUCCAAACCUAUUUAAACAGCAGUACAACUCCGAAAAUUAUGAUAUUUUAUCCGCUCCGGAUUCACGGUGCGAACUUUCGGGUCAAACAUUUAUAGAAAACGUUUUUAAAGAUAAAACUAUUCCCAAAAUUCCUGUUUGUGACCCUACGGAUAUCCUUCUACAAGUGGAUGAUUUGAAGUUGCUCGAUCCAAAAUGCAAAGAAAUACGAGCAAAUACUGAAGGUUUAGUUAAAGAAUUUAAGGAAGGCAAAUACAUGGAUGAUGUCGUGCAAAGGGUUGCUGUUAAAAUGGGCAUAGAUUCCACAGAGCUUAAUUACGAGAUCUUAUACUUCAUGUACGAGGUGGCUACCUUCGAAUUGUCUAUCGACGACAGUGUGAUGUCGCCUUGGUAUAAUGUAUUCUGCCAAGAAGAUCUUGAGAUUUUUGAGUACGCCCAUGACAUUUAUCGAUUCUAUUAUAAUAGUUUUGGAGAUCCUUUUAACGCAAAACUCGCUUGUCCGAUAGCUAUACGUAUCGAAAAAAGACUAAGAAAUAAAAUCAAUGGACAAGGACCGGAUGCUGUAUUUUACUUCGGACACAGUACUAAUAUAUUUACUUUGUAUGUCAUGUUAGGCAUAGGUGACGGUGACAUUCCAUUUAGGCAGUCCAACUACAAGGGUAUGAAGGACCUUAAGUGGAGAACUUCGUGGUUCGGUCCAUGGGCUGCAAAUGUUAUUGUUGUGCUUUACGAAGACGACACUCGGAAAGAUUAUAACGUAGCAUUUUAUUUAAACGAAAAACUAACUCCUAUAAAGUUAAAAAACGAUUUGUCGUGUACAUACUGUCCGUGGUCGGAUAUUCAUGACAAGUUAACAGCUUUUAUAACCGACAAUGACUGUGUCGAAUUGGUAGCUACUAAUACCGUAAAAAACUUAAAAGAUUCAAAACCAUACUGGUAUUUUGGCACGAAAACCGCAUAUAAAUUGGUUUCCGCAAAAGAAAUCUUUGUACCGCCUAAUCAUAAACCAAUUCAGAUAUUUACGUUAAACAGACAUGGAACGACAUCUUCAACGCAGUAUUUUUAUAAUAAACUGUUACCACAGGUUGAGAAUUUAAAAGGAAAAAUCACCCAAACAGCUAAAAUGACCCGAUUGGACAUUCAAGCUAUUAAGGAUUGGCAACCAAGUAUUGAAUUCAAGCCAAACGAUAAAGAUUUGAUCCAAAAAGGUCGUGUUGAAAUAAAGGAAUUGGCACUGAGAGUUCGGAAUGCAUUCUCAGAUUUAUUUGAACAGUCGAAUAACUAUGUGGUACAUUCAACAGCACUAUUACAAUAAUUUACAAUACAGUUGAACACCUAGACAUUAUAUGGGCUUAAAAUUUUAGGCAUUGACAAUAGACGAAGAACGUUGUAGGGAAUCUGGAACAAUAUUUCUACAAACUGUUUACGGUGACUCAAGUAUUACCGACCUUCCCAAAUGUAAUAACGAUGACUUCUUUUUAACGAUUAAGAAUACUAUACCAGCGGAGCCUCUUGCUGAAGGGGUUGAGUAUGAAAGUAAAAAAUUCAAAAAGGGCGAUUUUAUGAAAAAGGUUGUUGAAAGAGUAAAUGUGAAAAUGGGAUCAGAUGAUAUUACUUAUCAUGAAGUUAUGAUUAUGUAUGAAGUAUGUCGCUACGAAAGAGCAUUUGAUGACGAAUCGAUUCCCCCUUGGUGUAGUGUAUUCUGUCAAGAAGACUUAGAAGUUAUAGAAUACUUUGAUGAAUUGUAUUGGGACUCUCGCUAUGGAUACGGAAACCCGCACAACCUAAAAGUCGCAUGUCCAAUGGC